CGAAGAGAAGAACAAAGCACAGUAAAAUUAAAACACAAAAAAAAAUCUAUAAAAGGAGAUGAGAAAAUAGAAGCAUUUAAGACCCAACACUUAAAAAAGGAUAGACACAGAAGCCAGAUCCAUUCUUCCAGUAAUUGCUGUUGGGCAAAUGAGUCCAGCAAAGUCUUUCUGAACAACCAUCUUAAAAUGCGAUUUCCUCGUCUUUCUGAACAGCCAUCUUAAAAUGAGAUUUCCCAGUCUUUCUGAACAGCCAUCUUAAAAUGCGAUUUCCCGGUCUUUCUGAACAGCCAUCUUAAAAUGCGAUUUCCCGGUCUUGCUGAACAGCCAUCUUAAAAUGUGAUUUCCCAGUGCCGACUGUGGGUGGCGGCUCCACAGGUGAUCACAUCGCUCAGGGUGUGCAAGGGCACAGCCAGAUAGUGGUCCACGUUUCAUCGCUAUCUAGCGCCCCCCGCUGGUCGUUCGGGCGUCCCCAGGACUGUACCGAAUGUGAAAAGUCUUUCCACCACUCUCUUACGAAUUCCCCAUUGUGAGCUUAGCGGCGAGCCGUGGUGUGAGAAGAGCAGCUGGUGACGCCACGCGUUUCGGAGAAGCGCGGAUGUCUGCGCUCUCCCGAAUCGGCAGUGGGGAUCGCGCAUGAACGCGGCUGCAACUGCAGACAGUUGGCCGUUCCAAAUUAGGGUGGGAAUCGAACAGGCUCAGCCGCACGUCGGGCGACAAAUUUCUGUCUAAAAAAGUAAUUUCAGUCGUGUAGCAGAUGAGUGGAUGAGCUGCCCGGUGUGUUUGUCUCAGAAUUUUGAAUCACAUUUUGACAAAUCAGAAGUAGGUGUGGUGGAGAAGUACCAGGGAUCCUGGUUUAAACAGCCUAUAUGUGUGGAGGCCUUCAUACAAAACCUGUUUUUGAAGAGAGAAGAUUUCUACUGUGCAGUAUACACGAACAAUGCACAUGCCUAUUAACCAAUCAGAAUUGAGCAAGAUUGUAGUGAAAGUAUGACCCUCUCCAGUGCCCCACCCCAACGUAGAGGAAGUACCCCUCUGCCAAUCAAACACCAGCUCAGACGGGAGGAAGCUGUUAAUGAGGAUUGUGAUUGGACGCCGGGGCUGAGUGGGGCCUCCCCUUCUCCAAUCAGCUUCAGUCCUGCCGGGGAGGAGGCGGUUUUGCCCACGGGGCAGGAGGGGCCCCUUCGCAUUGCCCUGCUGGGGCAGAACGGGGUGGGAAAGUCUUCCCUCGCCAUCGCCCUCGCUGGGGAGUUCGACAGGACCGCAUCCAUCGACUCUGAGGGAGAGGGCUACGUUCGCACGGUCACCGUGGACGAUGAAGAGAGCACCAUCAUCAUCUACGACAACUGGAGACAGGACCUGUCGGCCUUGCGGUGUGAGGUGUGUGUCCUGGUGUUCUCGGUGACGGACAGGCGAAGUUUUCACCGAACCGCUCAGCUCCGCCUCCUCCUGAGGGAGACCCAGCCUCAAACUCCCAUCAUCCUCGUGGGCAACAAGAGCGACCUGGUCAGGACGCGGGAGGUCAGCACUGAGGAGGCCCACUCCAGCGCGGUGCUGUUUGACUGCCAGUACCUGGAGCUCUCCGCCUCGCUGGACCACCGCACCUCGGAGCUGCUGGAGGGGGCGGUGAGGGCUGCUCGGGGCCAGGCCUGGGGGCCCGGGGGGGCUGGGGGGGGCCCCGUGGACGACCGCAGGGAGAGCCUCACCACCAAGGCCAAACGGUUCCUCUCCAGCCUGGUGCCCCGCUACCCCAGGGAGAGGGAGCGGGAGCGGGAGGGGGGCAGGUUCUGCAGGCAGAAAUCACGCUCCUGCCACGAUCUAGGAGCUCUGUGACAGAGGGAGAGAGGGAGGGAGA